ACAGACUGCAAGGGCAAGACCUGCAAGAAGCACACGCCCCACAAGGUCACCCAGUACAAGAAGGGCAAGGAUUCGUUGGCGGCGCAGGGCAAGCGUCGUUACGACCGUAAGCAGUCGGGUUACGGUGGUCAAACGAAGCCCGUCUUCCACAAGAAGGCUAAGACGACCAAGAAGGUCGUGCUCCGGCUGGAGUGCACUGUGUGCAAGUACAAGAUGCAGCUCUCGCUCAAGCGCUGCAAGCACUUCGAGCUCGGUGGUGAGAAGAAGACGAAGGGUGCCGCUCUCCAGUUCGUGAGUACCUCUGACUUCCUUAGCUCGCGUGCAGUGCUCAUCGUUUGCCCAUUAGUGAUUGCUCUCGCAUCGUCUCUUCUUUCUUGUCCCUCUCCAUAUUAUCGCAGCCACUAUCUACCAUCCUGCACCAUGUAG